AUGCAGAUGGUCCGGGAUCUGUCCAGUCUGCACCCAGACUGCGAGUAUAUAUUACAGCUGGAGAGAGAGGAGCGGCAUUGUCUUCAAUACAUCGCAGAGCAUGACAACAACCACAGUACACUAGGUUGUCUACCGUUCUGGGACUCUGUGGUGUGCUGGCCAUAUGCUGCAGUUGGGGAGAUGAUCAACACAACCUGUCCUGCUGUCUUCUUUUGGGGGAAUAACACAGGGUCAGUCAGCAGAAACUGCACCAGCAUCGGAUGGUCGCCCCUUCCCCCGUACCACACGGCCUGUAGUGUGGGCGACGACGUUCCCAUUCCAGAGGAUUCCUACUUUGCCACUGUCAAGCUGAUCUACACCAUCGGCUACGGCACCUCCCUGGUCUUCCUCUUCAUCGCCGUGGUGAUCCUAUUGCUCUUCAGGAGGCUUCACUGUGCCAGGAACUAUAUUCACAUCCAGCUGUUUGUCACCUUCAUGCUAAAGGCGGUGGCUGUGUUCAUCAAGGACGCCACACUAUUCGCCAGCGACGACACCAACCACUGCACCCUCUCCACCGCAGCCUGUAAGGCAUCAGUGGCCUUCUGUCACUACUGUGUCAUGACUAACUUCUUCUGGCUCCUGGUUGAGGCCCUCUACCUCAACUCACUGCUCCUCUCCUCCUUCCACCACUACCGUCGCUGCCUCUGGGGCUUUGGCCUGCUGGGCUGGGGUGUACCCAUCAUCUUCACAGUCAUAUGGAUUGGGUCCAGGGUGUAUUUUGAGGAUACUGAAUGCUGGGACAUCAAUGAGGACUCCCCCUAUUGGUGGAUCGUAAAAGGGCCAAUUGUUGUUUCUAUUGGGGUCAAUUUCAUCCUCUUUCUGAACAUCAUCAAAAUCCUGAUACAGAAACUGAACCCUCGUCUGAUCCAGUUCAAUAACUCCGACAACUACAGACGGCUGACUAAGUCAACCCUGCUCCUCAUCCCCCUCUUCGGGACCCCCUACAUGGUGUUUAACUUCCUACCUGACUACUUCAAUAUUAGCGUGCGCCUCUGGUUCGAGCUCUGCAUGGGGUCCUUUCAGGGGCUGAUAGUAGCUAUCCUCUACUGCUUUCUCAAUCAAGAGGUCCAAAAGGAAAUCCAUAUGAGGUGGCUGAGGUGGCAGGAUAACAGCAACGGAGUGGUUCUGCCCGGUGCCAAGGGAAGUCAGAUGGACACACAUUUCUAGGGCCACAUUCUUCAUCCACCUCCUCCUCCUCCUUUCUCCAACCUCUAUAUGUGUGUCUUUCGGCGGGGUUGGAAUAAACCAGAAGUUUCCAUUGGACAACGGUCAUAUUCUUCUUCUAAUUCCUGUGGCCUCCACACAUUGCUUCUAUAUUUUUAGAAGGAGAGGGUGCUGUACAUUGUGUCCCUAAAGCAUACAAUGUCCUCUCUUUCCAUCAUCACAAUCUCAUUGCUAAAGGGACCACCACUGGGUUCAUCCAUUGUGUCCAGCUCAAGAUGAACUGUUGCAGCACUGUGAAAUGCCCUUCCUCCUCCUCAUCCUCCUCCUCCUGCUCUUUCUCCUCUUCAGUAUCAUCUAUGGUUAAGUUACAGAGAGUUACAGAGUCUCGGAGGUACUAUACCAUCAAGGAUUGUAUCCCAAUUCGUAUUGGGACAGCAAAUAAAGUGUUGAUGUUUUUUUUUAACAAAACAAAGUUCAAAAAUCAUUUAGACUGGAAAAUAGAGGGUUUUAUGCAUCAAACGUGUCCCUGUUUUUCAUGCUUUAUGGAAAUAUUGUCUUGUAGCUUUCUCUCCAUGUUUCAGUGCCUCUGUGUGUGUUU